AGGAACGUCUCUUAGCAAACCACACCACAGCUGCUCGCACUUUUUUGAGGCCAUGGCGGAACAACUUGAAGAGGAGACCAUGGCUCCUGAGCCCGAGAAGGAAGAGGAGGUGACCGAUAUGAACGGAGCUGUGCGAGGGGUCCUCAAGCGGGCCCUCCAGGUUGAUGGUGUCAUCCGCGGUCUGCAUGAGGUGGCCAAGCACAUCGAAGCUUGCAAGGCCCAGGUCGUGUUCCUGGCAGAGUCUUGCAACGAGGCCACCUACAAGAAGCUGAUCCAGGGCCUGUGCUUGGAAAAGAACGUGCCUGUUGUUGACGUGCCUGACAACAAGAGCUUGGGUGAAUGGGCAGGCCUUUGCAAGAUCGACAAGGACGGUCUUCCUAGGAAGGUAGUUGGCACAAGCUGCGUGGCAGUCGUGGACUUUGGUGAAGAGGGCGAGGCCUACAACUACCUCAUGAAGAACUUGAGCAAGUGA